AUGUCUACCGAGAAGCAGAAGGUCUUGGGCAUGCCGCCCUUCGUGGCGGACUUCCUGAUGGGUGGUGUUUCCGCCGCCGUCUCGAAGACUGCUGCCGCUCCCAUCGAGCGUGUCAAGCUCCUCGUCCAGAACCAGGAUGAGAUGAUCAAGGCCGGUCGUCUCGACCGCCGCUACGCCGGCAUUGGUGACUGCUUCAAGCGCACCAUGGCCGACGAGGGUGCUCUCUCCCUGUGGCGUGGCAACACCGCCAACGUCAUUCGAUACUUCCCCACCCAGGCCCUGAACUUUGCUUUCCGCGACAAGUUCAAGGCCAUGUUCGGCUUCAAGAAGGAGCGUGAUGGCUACGGCAUGUGGAUGCUGGGUAACCUGGCCUCCGGUGGUGCUGCUGGUGCCACUUCCAUGUUGUUUGUCUACUCUCUCGACUACGCCCGUACUCGUCUGGCCAACGACGCCAAGUCCACCAAGGGUGGCGGUGAGCGCCAGUUCAACGGCCUCAUCGACGUCUACCGCAAGACGCUCGCCUCUGACGGUAUUGCCGGUCUCUACCGUGGUUUCAUGCCCUCCGUCGCUGGUAUCAUCGUCUACCGUGGUCUCUACUUCGGCAUGUACGACUCCAUCAAGCCCGUCCUCCUGGUUGGCUCCCUCGCCAACAACUUCCUGGCCUCUUUCGCUCUCGGUUGGUGCGUCACCACUGGUGCCGGUAUCGCCGCCUAUCCUCUGGACACCAUUCGACGACGCAUGAUGAUGACCUCUGGUGAGGCCGUCAAGUACAAGAACUCCUUCGAUGCCGCCCGCCAGAUCAUUGCCAAGAACGGUGUCAAGUCCCUGUUCAACGGUGCUGGUGCCAACAUUCUCCGUGGUGUCGCCGGUGCCGGUGUCCUGUCCAUCUAUGAUCAGCUCCAGAUGAUCAUGUUCGGCAAGGCCUUCAAGGGUGGCUCCGGUUAA